AUGACUGCCCUUCGAUCCGUUGCCGCAUCGUUCCUCCUGAGUGCUGUGUCCGUUUUGUCUGAUUCGGUGUGCCUAAUUCUCCAAGUGCAUGAAUUUAGUCCUGUAAUGACUUCCAUCCUUACCAACUGCACUGGCACCACAUGCUCUGUGGACUUUGCCGAUUUCCCUGCAUCCGAAGGGUUGGAAAUGACCUGCUCAAACUUGACUGGAGCCAUCUUCCAGACAUAUGACGAGUCUUCCAUUUGCUCUGGAAAGACUUUGACAGCAGAGUAUAUUACUUUGACAGCAAAGAAUAUUCCCUACUGCUCGACUCAAAAGUGCGAUGCAAAUGAACUGAAGAAAGCCAAAGACGAAGUUGUCAAGGGCAUCAACAUGGUUUACUCGGAUGUUGGUAUUGAUUGCAGCGUUUCCGUCUCCGGUGCUGCCUUGGCCCAAGGUUUCAUGUUGAGUCUCAUGGCAGUUAUGGGACUUGCCGUCUACUUUGGUUAA